AUGGAGGUAGAUGCUGAUGGAAAUGGUGCUAAAAUAUUUGCUUAUGCCUUCGACAAAAAUCGUGGAAGGGGAUCCGGCCGUCUCCUGCACGAGCUGCUUUGGGAGAGACACCGGGGAGGGAUUGCUCCUGGGUUUCAGGUGGUGCAUCUGAAUUCCGUGACAGUGGACAACCGCCUGGACAAUCUGCGCCUGGUUCCUUGGGGGUGGAAACCCAAAGCUGAAGAAAUCUCUAGUAAACAAAGGGAACAAAGUCUGUACUGGCUGGCGAUCCAGCAGCUCCCUACAGAUCCUAUAGAAGAGCAGUUUCCUGUGCUGAAUGUAACGCGCUAUUACAACGCUAACGGGGACGUUGUGGAGGAGGAGGAGAACUCAUGCACAUACUAUGAAUGUCACUACCCCCCGUGCACAAUGAUCGAAAAACAGUUACGUGAAUUCAACAUCUGUGGCCGAUGCCAGGUAGCGAGGUACUGUGGGUCCCAAUGCCAGCAGAAGGACUGGCCUGCUCACAAGAAACACUGUCGGGAGAAGAAACGGACCUUCCAGCAAGAGCUUGGGCCAGAACGAUGACCGGGUGGCAGAGGCCUCUCAGCAGCAGGAUUCCUUCUCAAAGGCAUUGGACUCUUGCUUUUGCACAGUAAUGACAGACUGCUUAGUGAAGCCAGAGGCACUGAAGAAGAAAAAAAACAAACCCUGUGAUGCUUGAGCAGAACGGCUGACUGGACUGAGCCAGCUCUGACUGGUGCUGUGGAAAGGGAUCGGGUCUACCCUUCCAGUAUUAUAUUCUCAAGCAAAAAGACUACUGUGGAGGCUCCAGGCAGGAAGCUUCUCAUUAUUUAUAUGUUAAUACGUUUGUAAACUCAUGUACAGUUUUUGUUAGAAAUUCUUGAUAGGACUCAUUAACUGUAAUGUUCAGAUGAGAACACGUUGUUGGCCUAAAAGUUUAAAAAGAAAAAAAAAAAAGUCAUGUAGCAAAAGCUUUUCCUCCCAUGUGGCUAGAAGUAUCUGUGGCUGUGCCAAGGCCAGAAGGCAGGCUCCGACAUCGGCAGUUACUCUGGAGAACUCUGCAUGGAAGUUAUAUUUAAAAAAAAAAAAAAAAAAAAAAGGCAAACAAA